GGUAGAAUGCGACGCGGGUGUUCCCUGUCCAGUAGACGGCGGCUGGUGUCGCUGGUCGAGCACGGUGAUCAAGUGUUCGGCAGCCUGCGGCGACAGCGGGAUGGGUCUGCGCACACGGCGCUGUGCCUGUCCCGCACCGGCCCACGGCGGCAAACGCUGCAGCCCGCCGCCGGGCGCGGAGGCGACGGCGAUGCUGGCGCGGUCGCAAAUGCCGGACGCCGCCGUGCCCACCGCCUCCGACAUUGCUGCCAUCGGCGAUGGCUCCGGAAACGCUAAAGGUAUUUCCACAACUGCUAGUACUGACGGCGCCCUAAAACGAGAAUUAUCUGUAUGCAUUAUUUUCCUUUUAAGAUGGGACGCCUGCAACCGCAAGUUCUGCCCCUACCUUAAACGUCUAACUGACUUUGAGGAAGACAUAAUAAUUAACGACCUUCGCCACCAACGGCCUGAGGCCGUCUGGGAGUGGUCUGGCGGGAUGCCAGGCAGUCAGUUUGACCCUGUGGGUUUGCACUGCCCUGCGGAGCUGCCCUCGAGGGUGGAGAUCUUCGACAAGCCCUACCGCUUCCCUCGGGCUAAGGCCUUCUGGACGCGCGCGGUCGGACGUUCCGAGUACCAGCCCCACGACUUUGUGGGACCGCCGCUGCGGGACACUAAGCGCAUCCAGAUCUCGGGAGACAGACUGAUCGUUAGGGCCCUUAGUGCUGCCGACGAAGCAGUCUACCGAUUUGGCUACGAGUAUGAGCCACGACAUUUUGAAACGGUCUGCUUUUUUGUCGUCUAUGUAGCCGAAAAAACAAGGGUGGUGUCCAGCGGGAAGCCCUUCACGUUCACCUGCAACGCCGAGGGCCUCUGGCCGAUUGUUCAGCAGACCAAGAAGGACGACUGGAAGGUCUUCUGGUCUUACACUCCAGACCCCAAGGCCAGGGAACUCGGGUCAAAACCGGUGGGGAGGCUCUGGGAGGUCAAUCUGAGGGUGCCGAGGCUGCCCGACGCACAGCCUACCGACGCGCUGACGAAUCAAACUGCGGUAGCCAUGACACUCUUUGACACCGAGAGACGACGCCUAGACGCUGUGGAGUAUGCCAUGAAUGGUCAGUAUCAGUGCAUCAUCGCAAAUGUGCGGAAGGGGAUGGAUGAAAGGCGUUUUGUCACAAGUUCAGUUCACCUCGUUGUGAUUGCUCCUCCAACAAUGUCGGAAAUUUUCGCAACUUGGAUUCGGAGAUAUUGGGCCCAAAUUAUCUAUGUUUUCAGCACCACUGCAAUUGUUACACUGAUUUAUAUGGCUUUACUCAAGUAUCGAGCCAAUCGGGUAGCUAGUUUGAGAAGUUGGGAAGCUGACGAGGAGAAGAGGAAGAAUGCCAGGCUUAUUACUGCUGGAGAAGUCAGGAUAAAUCCCCCAUAA